AUUACGCAGCCAUCGUAAAAAUUAUUUGAAAAUUUAAAAACAAAGCAAGAAAACUACGCAAUAUAUUGGAUAUAGGCGACUCUAUGCUUACUUGAAGUAGUUGGACCAAGCCCAGAAUGCAGGUUGCAAGACAGCCCCAGCUUGUGGAUGGAAAACUGCCUGUAUUUGUUUUUCCAACCUCGUUGACAUUCUGUACAGAUGAUACAUCCUCUCAUAAACAAAUAUUGACUCUUUACAAUCCAUAUGACUUUGCUCUCAAAUUUAAAGUAUUGAGUACAGCUCCUAAGAAGUACACACUUGGAGACACAGAGGGAACAAUCAAACCACAUUGCUGCGUUGACAUAGUCAUAAGACACACAGACAUAAGUUUACGAAAUGAAGGAGUCAAAGACAAGUUCAGGAUUCAAGUUAUUGAACAUGGGAAAAAGUCUGUAAUAGGUAAAAAAGACAUAAUUUCAACUUUACUUCCUACUAGAGAUAAAUCACCAGCUCUUGAAGAAACGUUCCAGCAGCUACCCCAGUCUGUGCAGUCCUCCACUCCUCAGGUCAAUGCUUCCAAAUAUGGUGCUCCAAAUUCUGGUCCAAGCUUCCUCAUUGUACUCUCUGCCAUAAUAUGCCUGGCUGCUCUUAUGUUGCCCUCACAGGAUGAGAAGGAUUCUAGACUACCAGUGUAUCUCCAUUUAAGUCUUCAUCAGAAACUUAUAGCUGCUUAUGUAUUAGGACUAGUCACAAUGGCUUUACUGAGAAUUUGACCCAAGAUGCUGAAUUUUAGUUAAAUUAUAGUGAAAAGGACUUUAGACUGGGUGUUAUUUAUACAUACAUUUGGAAAUGUGGUAUUUAGGAUAUGCAUGAUGCUGUAUAUUAGUAUAAGGCCACUCAAAGUUAAAUAUAUGUUUAACAUCUCAUCCCUCUUUAGAUUGAAGCUAUGUUUUAGAGAACCAACAAUAUUUUCAUAUGCCUAUAUAUAAUAUGCACUUGUAACAAAUCCUGAAUGACAAAUGAAGCUUGAAAAUUAUUAUCAAAUACCAUAUUAUAGUGUAUGCAUAU